GACGCAUCUUCUGGAAUCGCGCAGCCCCUCACGCCUUGGAUAUAUUCACCCGUUCUUGCGAGAACUUGACUCGAGUUGUUAUUUCCCCUUCGCACUUGUUUCUUGUAGGAUUGUAAUAUCUUUGUGUUGUUGGCGGAGUGUGCAGAGAGUGUGCAGAGAGUACAGGUGCUCGAGCCAGUAGCGGAUCCGCUCUGACGUCUGUCUGUCCGUCUGCUGCCAUCUAUCAUCCACGCGCGCGACCGACCGACCGCCCCGCCAUUCCGUUCGAUUCGCAACCCUCGAGGCCAACGAGACAGUCAAUUAAUUAAUUCCCUCGCUCGCACACCCAGCAUGGGCAAAUCCCCCUCCAAGACCAGCACGAAAGUGCUCCCGCUCAUCCCCCUCGCACCCCCCCUCGCCGUGCUCCCCGGCACAACGCUCAAAAUCCCCAUCACCAACCGCUCGGACGUCGCCGCCAUCCUUGCGAAGAUCUACAGCAUCAGUCCGACGGCGAAGCCCGACGCGGCCAUCACCGUCGCCUGCGUGCCGCUGAAUUCGCCCGCGGUGUCGCCGCGGGACGGGCGGCUGCUGAUCGAGGAUGGGAAGAAGAAGGCGGGCGUGGCGUACGAGAGCGACCCGGUGAAUGCGACGAAGAAGGAUGUGUUUGGCUACGCGUGCGUGGCCAAGGUUAGCGGGGUGCAGGGACGGCGGCAGGGCGAUUUGAGUCUGGUGGUGGAGGGGCUGGAGCGGGUGAGGGUGAGGGACGUGGUGCAGGAUAGGCCGUAUUUUGAGGGCGAGCUGGAGGGGGUUGAUGAGCUUGUGGAUGUCGCGAAUCCUGAGUUCCUGGAGCAGUUCAAUCUGCUGAAGCAGCUGUCGCGCGAACUCCUCGCUCUUGUGCGAUUGUCCUCGAUUCUGCCGCGGACGCCGACCGUUUCGCUUUCGCCGAUCGUUGCGAGGAGGUUGGAGCUGUUUAUCGCGAGGAAGGACCUCUCGGAAGCGGGGGCGCUGGCGGACUUUAUGGCGAAUGUGGUCGAUUGUACACACGAAGAGAAGCUGCGCGUAUUGGCGGCGAUAGAGGUCAAGGAACGGGUUGAUAGAGUCAUUGAGGUUCUACAGCGGCAGAUCAGCACCAUACAGGGUAGCACACGGAUGACGGUCACGACCACGUCCGUUCCAAUGCCGACGGGCAGCUUCGAUAUCGACCAGCUACGGCGAUUACAACAGGAAGCGCUGCAGAGAAGGAACAAGAUGGGUGCUCCGCCCGGCAUGCCCGGCUUCCCGGGCGGGUUCCCUGGCGGAGGAGCGAACGUUGGCGAAGAGGAGUCGAAUGAGAUCGAUGAGCUCAAGAAGAGGUUACAGGACGCUAAGCUGUCGCCGGAGGCGGAUAAAGUGGCACAGAGGGAGCUGCAGAGGCUGCAGAGGAUGAACCCGGCGCAAGCGGAGUACCAGGUCUGCAGGAAUUACCUCGAGAACCUGGCUGAGAUCCCGUGGACGAAGACGACGUUCGAUCACCUGGACGCGAAGACGCUGAUCAAAGCGAAGAAGCAGCUUGAUGAUGACCACUACGGCUUGGACAAGAUCAAGAAGAGGUUGCUGGAGUAUCUCGCUGUGCUGAAGCUUAAGGAGCAGGCGAAUAAGAGCAUCGACGAGCAGAUCAGAGCGCUUGCGGAAGCGGCGCAUCUGAAGGACGAGAAGGAGGCCAAGGAGGAUGAAGAACAAGAAGAACCGCAGGAGAAACCUAGCAGGGAACCUACCGAGGAAGAGCUUCGGUUGAUAGAGAAGAAGCGCAUGGUCGACAAGUCUCCCAUCCUGCUGCUCGUGGGUCCUCCGGGAACAGGGAAGACGUCGCUCGCGAAGUCGAUUGCCACUGCUCUCGGUCGCAAGUUCCACCGCAUCUCGCUCGGAGGUGUGCGCGAUGAGGCUGAGAUUCGUGGUCAUCGGAGAACGUAUGUCGCUGCCAUGCCUGGUCUCAUCGUCAAUGGGCUCAAGAAGGUCGGCGUCGCGAACCCCGUCUUCCUGCUCGACGAGAUCGACAAGCUCGGCGUGUCGAAUUACAACGGUGACCCGAGCGCAGCUAUGCUGGAGGUCCUAGAUCCGGAGCAGAACCACACGUUCACAGACCACUACGUGAACAUCCCGAUCGACCUCUCCAAGGUGCUGUUCAUCGCCACGGCAAACUCUCUCGACACGAUUCCACCUCCGCUGCUAGACCGCAUGGAAAUGAUCCAGCUUUCCGGCUACACUACGCUCGAGAAGAGACACAUUGCCGAACGGCACCUAAUACCCAAGCAAAUCACCACAAACGGUCUACACGACGAGAACCUCAACAUUUCCACCGACGUCCUCGACAAGAUCAUCACCUCGUACACGCGCGAAUCCGGCGUGCGCAACCUCGAGCGCGAAAUCGGCUCCGUAUGCCGCUCCAAAGCCGUCGAAUACGCCACCGCAAAAGACACCGACACCCUCGCUGCCUACAAUCCCGUCGUCACCCUAGACGACCUCGACGCCAUCCUCGGCAUCGAGAAGUUCGCAGAGGAGCUCACAGAGCAGCACUCGCGUCCCGGCGUCGUCACGGGCCUCGUCGCGUACUCAACGGGCGGCCAGGGCUCUAUCCUGUUCAUCGAGAUCGCAGACAUGCCGGGCUCGGGCCGCGUGCAGCUCACGGGGAAGCUGGGCGACGUGCUAAAGGAGAGCGUCGAGGUGGCGCUGACGUGGGUGAAGGCCCACGCGUUCGAGCUCGGCCUGAGCGCCAGCGAAGACGAGGACAUUAUGAAGAACCGCUCCAUCCACGUGCACUGCCCCAGCGGCGCGAUCCCGAAAGACGGGCCCUCGGCCGGGCUCGCGCACACCAUCGCGCUCAUCUCGCUCUUCAGCGGCAAGCCCGUGCCGCCGACGCUGGCCAUGACGGGCGAGGUCAGUCUGCGCGGGCGCGUGCUGCCCGUCGGCGGCAUCAAGGAGAAGCUGAUCGGCGCGCUGAGGGCCGGCGUCGAGCGCGUGCUGCUGCCUGAGGGGAAUCGCAAGGAUGUGAGGGAUUUGCCCGAGGAGGUGGUCAGGGGUGUUAAGAUUGAGUUUGUCGGCUGGGUUUGGGAGGCCCUGGGGGGUGUGUGGCCGGAGAGGUGGGACGGUGGGGUUAGGGGCGUGGAGAGUAGGCUGUAG